UCGAACGUGUUGGCGGCCGCGGCGUUCCUCAGCGCGGGGCGGUCGUCGGCGCCACUCUUCUCUCCCGCCGUUCGCUGCCGCUGUUACCCCUGCUCUAUGUUUGAAGAAUGUCCGCGUUGACAGACGGAGAAACGUCCCAGAACGUGCGGAAAGGGAGAAGAAUCGUGAAGUCCCGCUACCUGCAGUACGAUAAGAAAGAGUCCAGUAAGAAUGCUUCAACAAAAUCUUUUUCGUCAUCGACUUCCAGUGCAUCUUCCACAGCUAAAGCAAGACCGGUGCUCGCCCAGAAGUCUGAAGGUUCUGGUGUUGCCUCUGGCUUGUUAAAUCAGAGUAGUUUUGAGAAAGGUGACCUGCAAUCCACUUUAUUAGAUGGAGAUAAAAUUACUCGACCAGACCUUGAUCUUUCAGCUAUUAAUGAUAAAACCGUCCUACAGAAGUCUACAAGUUCAAGGGCUUCCUGCAAAACAGAUAAAGGGCCAUGUGUAAAAAACCAGAAAUCGAAAAACAAUCCUGCUGUUGUGGGGGCAGAGCUGAGCUCUCAGGAGCUGAUUUUAACUUACCUAAGAGUGAAGCAGAAGAAUGACGUGGCUGAGCUCGAGGAAAAAGCAGAAGAAAACUUGUUAAUGUUGUGUGAAGAAAAAGAGAGACAACAGGAGAAGCUCUAUGAGUUGAAGCGUGAAAUUCUGCUCAGAGAGAGAGAGGAAAAGCUUGAUGAGGAGCUUGUGAAACAGAUGGAAGUACUUUCUCCUCUUGUUCCUCUUCUUGAACAAUUUAAAGAGCAGUAUAAGAGCUUUGCAGUUGCUCUGGAUGCCACUAGACAUAAAUUACCCAUUAAAAACAUUCACAUAGAGGGAGAUAUGCCAACGUACCUAGACAAACUGCAAAAGCAGUUGACUGUCACCCAGGAACUUCUGGCAGAAGUUAUGCCAGACUGCUCAGAAGAAAGUGCAAAAGCAUUCAGUGAACUGCAAGGUACUGAAGAGGUGUUUCAAAAGCUGGAGAAAGAACUUCGAAGGAGCUUGACUCAAGUGCAGAACCUGUCGUAUGAAGCUAGCAAAGAAGUUUCACUGCAUAAUCAAAGAAUAUGUGAGGACAAUCAUGGCGUAGAUGUUGUGAAACACUGGUACUUCAACUGAGUGUCUGUGAUCUGUGUGUUUUAUUGUGUUUGUUACUGAUGGGUGGGUCCUAAAUCAAUGUCAGACUUGUAUGUUUUUGUUUACUGUCUUUGAUUUGUCCUGUAUCUCACUUUACUUAUGGACAGAACACAUCCAGCUUUCCAGUUUCAAUAUGAAAGCAGCUACAUGUGUGACUGAUCUAAGAAUGGAAUUUUCUUCUGCUUACCCAUAAGGAGACUUAUUUUUUUAAACAGCCAUUUCUGUGACACUUUUAUCAUCACUUGCUGCCUUGGUAAUACUGCAAGUUAAAUCAAAUGUUAUUCUUAGCAAACAUGAACAAUGUAUCCUUAAACUCACUUUCUUGCACCUGGCUUUGAGUGCACUGCUUUGCAGCUCUUCCCAGCACAGUGUUCCUUACAGGGCCACGUCUCAAGAGAGAGAUGUGGAGCUGUGUUUGUUGUACUAUGUGGUUUUUUUUUUAAUCUGGAUAGGAGAACCAGGAGGAAUGCACAGCAUGAUCAUUAAUCACUUGGUGAACAGCUUCCAGAGGAACUCUUAAUUGCCCCUUGUGUCUGGGUUUUUCAAGGGGAAAAGCAACGUGGGUAGCAAAGAAUGAGGCUGGUGAGCAGGAGUAGAGUUUUGGUAUAUUUUUGCCUAAUUGUCUUGUAAAUAAAUUACUGAAACAUAAAUGCUUUUGUAGUGAUGCUUUCUCUUGAAGUGCUUUAGAUCUUUAUUUUAAAAUAAAGAUUACUUUUUCACUGCUGCGUUAGGA